ACCCCAUCUUUAAUAGAAUCCGUUGGAGAAAACUCCAUUCAACUCGAUCAUAUGCCUUACUCAUAUCCGUCUUGAUUCCUAGAAAUUUCCCCUGACAGGACUUGUUAGUUCGUAACCCAUGAAACAUUUCCUGCGCAAUGAGGAUAUUAUCCGAUAUCAACCUCCCAGAAACAAAAGCCGAUUGUGUUUCCGAAAUCAAAUUUGGUAAUAUUACUUUGAGUCUCUGACAUAACACUUUAGAGAUGAUCUUAUACCCAACAUUACACAAACUGAUAGGUCUCAAUUCUGUCAUUCGAUUCGGUUUCGCUGUCUUUGGAAUAAGACAAAUAUUUGUCAAAUUCAGUCUAUCAUCAAAUACCCCAGUUCUCAAAAACUCGUUAACCAUGCGAACCACAUCACCUUUAAUUACUGACCAGGAUUGUUGGUAAAAUAAUGCCGUCAUUCCAUUUGGUCCCGGAGCCUUCUCCGGGUGCAUCAUAAAGAGUGCUGCCUUAACUUCUUCUUCCGUAGCCGUAGCUAAUAGUCUAUUAUUCUGAACUUCCGUCACCGAAGUCGGUACCUCUUCCAGAAAACUCUCAAUACCUGAUGGAGAAGAUGUACAGAAUAAAUUAUUGAAAUAGUUGACAGCCACUCUCUCCACCUCCUCCGAGUUAACCCACGUUCCAUCCUCUUUGUGUAAACCAAUUAUCCUAUUUUGGAUUCUCCGUUGUUUUGUCAAUGCAUGGUAAAACUCUGUGUUUCUAUCCCCGCAAGUGCGCCAUUUAACUCUACUUUUUUGUUCCCAGUAUUCUUCCUCGUCUCUAUAAGCCUCCUUCAGUUUCCUGGACAUCUCUAAUACCUCUUCAUUUGACUUAGUAAAAUCAUUUUGUAUAUCCUCAAGUGCUUUUUGCAAAGUAUUUAUCUUUUUCUUCCCAUAUGGAGGGUUGUUCUUUCGCCAUACUGAUAUUUCAUGUCUACACCAGUAUACCCUAUCCACAAUUCCAACCUUAUCAUUAACUCGUUUUGAUUGCCAGCCCCUGGAUAUGGAUUCCAUCAGCCCCUCUUCACCUAUCCAUCUCUUAUCAAACCGAAAGGAACCUUUGAAUUUGAUCACUUUGUCCUCAACCGACGCCACAAUCGGUCUAUGAUCCGAUCCAAACAUACCUAGGUACUCCACAUGGGAAUAGGAAAACAUAUUGUGCCAGUCGUUAUUACCAAGCGCUCGAUCCAACCGGCACUUAACAUUAUGUCCUUUUCUCCUCUCACUCCGUGAUAAAGUAUUCCCAAAACAAGGAAAUUCCAUUAAGCCACAAUUGUCUAUCAUAUUCCUUAAUUACUUAAUUCAUGUGGCCUUUGGUUACUUAAUUCAUAAAAUAUUCCUUAAUUAAUAACUUCGUUUUUCUUAACAAUUUUUUUAAUUUCCGAUUUGUAGAUAAUUUACGCCCUAACUUUCGUAUAUAGUUCCUUAGAAACAUUGUUGAACCAAAAACCGAAGGCAGCGAGCAACCCUAUCCCCCUCUCUCUGCAUACACACAGUGUUUUGAUUUUUUGGCAAAGACCGAGAUGGAAUCAAGAGAAACCUCUCUUGUGCUGCGUCGUCUCCGUCCAUUGGCCGGAUCGUUCAGAUAUUACCCAUACACUAGGACUUUCUCUGGGAAAGAGGAUAUAAAAGCGGAGGUUAUGCGGCUAGGAGCUCAACUCUCCGUACGUGUGGCUCAUUCAAUGCUCUUGUUGUGUGAUGACAUUCCUACUAUGUCAUGGUUCUGCUAUAUUUUAUGGAAAGGUAUAACAAGGAACCGGAAUCACGUUUUGGAAACGCUGCUUCGUGUUAUGCAUUUUGUCUACUCAAAAUAUAUCAAACCCAAAACGACUACGACGACGACGAAUCAGGAUUGUGAUAACUCUGUCCAAUGGGAAUUAAUCAGGAACACUUGGAAGCAUUUCGCUGAUGGAGUCAAAAUCUUGAAUCGAUUUGAUUUUUUUCUUAGAAGAAACAUUGCUUAUUUUGAUGAUCGUCAACUAUCAUCGGCUAUAGAUAAAUACAAGCCACAAGUGCUGGAGAAGCUAGAUGAUAAAUUGAGGUCCGUUUCAGAGGUGGAUUGGUUUGCCAAGGAGACUAUAGAGUCAAAUAUUUCUGCCUUGUGGAAGUCUCUUUUUGACGAUGGUGAAACUAUAUCCAAAGCGGUGGAGAGUAGGUUUCUUAGAGACUUGUUUAUGCCUAUUUUUGGCAAACCUUUGCCUAGGGAUAUACUGGCACUGCCCAUAACAUCUUCUCCUUACAUUCUAGGGAAGAAUUUUGAAACGGAGGAAGCGAAAGAGGAGAUUGUGCGACUAGGAGUUGAGCUCUCCUUAUACGUGGCUCAAUCCAUGUUCUCCUUGUGUGAUGACAUUCGUACUAUGUUAUGGUUUUGUUAUAGGUUAUGGCGAUAUGCCAAAGUGGGCAUCAUUAAUGAAGGGCAUGUGAUGGAUAGGCUGCUUCUAGUUAUGCAUUAUGUCUACACAAAAUAUAUCAAACCGAAGAAUGGGGAAUAUCAGAUUGAUGGAAACAAUUCGGCCCAGUGGGGAGUGAUGUGGGAGAAUGACAAGAAUAUUGGUUUUGAAUUUUGUAUGUUGAAUUGUAAUGUCUACAUAAUCAAAGCAGGAGGACCAUGUGGCCGAGAGGCUACGUCUCCCCUUGAAGAAGCGGUGAAAAAGCUAGUAGAGACGUUGGAGUGUGUGAGAAGUGUUUCAGAGGCGUAUGGGUUUGCAAGGGAUGCAAUGGAGCCUGACAUUCUGGACAUGUGGAAGUCUCUCUUUGACACAGAAGCUAAAGAAGCAAGCCAGACACUGAGAGACAUGAAACAGGGAAUUAUUCGCGACUUGUUUCUCCCUCUAUUUAACGAAGCACCACCACCUUAGGGACUAGUUUCACUUGUUGAAUUUCCGAUAAUUUUAGUUAUAUUAUUUUCAUUAAUAUUCUUCUGUGGUGGUCUAAAAUAAAAUUGCUAGAAAAUGUUAUAUUAUAUAGUACAUCCGCUUGGG